AGUACACAUUCAGCGUUUCAACGCAGUCCAUCCCUUUAAGUCGGGGAACACAACCAAGAUGAAGUGUUGGGCAUUCCUGGUAAUCCUAGGGUGCACAUUUGCUGUCCCGUCCCAUAGCGCCUCAGUUAGUCUCUCGCGCUCUAAAAGAUCCCACCAUGAACCAGAAGGUUACUGGAGCAAAAAACUGACGUGGAAGACCGAGUGGGUGAAAGCUUGGAAGACCGAGAAGAAACUGGUCUGGAAACCUGACUGGAAAAAGAUCCAGGUUCCCGCCUGGAAAGAGAUCCAGGUGCCGAUCUGGAAAGAGAUUCAGGUGCCGGACUGGAAGGUCGUGAGCAAGCCCAUCUGGAAGGAAAUCCAAGUUCCCGCCUGGAAGGAAAUUCAAGUACCGGACUGGAAGGAAAUUCAAGUUCCCGCCUGGAAGGAAAUUCAAGUACCGGACUGGAAGGAAAUUCAAGUGCCAGACUGGAAGGAAAUUCAGGUUCCGGCGUGGAAGCAAAUUUGGAAACCCAUCUGGGUGGAGACCCAAGUACCCGCGUGGAAGGAGAUCCAGGUCCCGGACUGGAAGCAAAUAUGGGUGCCGGAAUGGGUCAAGGUUGGGAUACCUGGAGAGCACUAUCUGGGCAAGGAUCACCACGGCAGCGAAUACACCGCACACGACUUGUGGAAGAAGAAACUCAUCUGGAAGCCUCAAUGGAAGAAGAUCUGGCGGACGGAGAAGAAGCAAAUUUGGGUGCCGUCGAAGAAAAUGGAGUGGAAGGCCGAAUGGAAGCAAAUCUGGAAGACGGAGAAAAAACAAAUCUGGAGAACCGAGAAAAAACAAAUCUGGAGAACAGAGAAAAAACAAAUCUGGAUCCCGAAGAAGGAGCAAAUAUGGAGGACGGAGAAAAAACAGAUAUGGAUUCCGAAAAAAGAAUUGGCAUGGAAACAAGAGAAAGUACAAAUCUGGAGAACAGAAAAGAUCCAGAAAUGGGUGACGGAGAAAAAACAAAUCUGGAAAGACGACUGGAAGCAAAUCUGGGUACCGAUAUGGAAAACCAGAGAAGUCCCAGUUUGGAAAAAGGUAUCCACCCCAGUCUGGGAGAAGGUGUGGGUGAAAGUACAUCACCACCAUGGCUGGGACUGAUUUAGAUAACGCUCAAAAAACCUUAAUGUUUCUGUAAAUAUUCUCUUUUCUUCCCUUUCUUUUCUUAGUACAAAUGUUUGUAUAUAACAGGUACGCCAGUGAGUUUCUUCCAUUAUUUUAUAAGCUUUUGUAUAAUUGUAUUAUUUGUUAUAUUUUUGUUGUAUUUUUAAGUAUCAAAAUAAAAAAAUUAAAUACCCA